CCGGGUACUGUCGGCAUCCGUUCCGAGUUUCUCACCUUCGCAUGCACAGUUUCUGAAUCUUGUCUCCUCCUCUUCCCACAAACCCACCAUGUCCGAAAAGACUAGGGAGACAGAUGUCUUUUACGAUUUGAGAAAGGCCUCAUUCCCAGCCGACCUUAAUGCGGUCCGGACGCUAUUCACCGAAUACACAUCAACGCUCGGAAUCGACCUUUCAUAUCAGAAUUAUCAGGACGAGCUUGCGAAUCUCCCGGGAAAAUACGAUGCCUCUAGCAGUGGGACUAUUAUCCUCUGCUUCAUGAGCCCCACGUCGAAUUGCAUGUCUGAAUGUAUUGUCGGAUGCGCUGCCGUUCGUGCAUUCCCAAGCCGGCCAAGUGCAUGCGAAUUGAAACGAUUCUAUCUGGUGCCCGAAGCCCGAGGAUGCGGCUUGGGGCGGAAGCUGCUGGAGCAAGUGGUUACAGACGCAAAAGCCCUAGGAUAUAAAGAAAUUCUCCUCGACACAUUGGCACAUAUGGGCGCGGCGAGAGGCAUGUAUAGGAGCUUUGGGUUCGAAGAAGUGGAGAAGUACUACGAUACCCCGAUUGAGGGGACGAUUUUUAUGAAGCUGGACUUGGAAGACAAGUCGGAACUGAUCGAAUCAAACAAAAAUUUGGUCGCCUGAAUGACUGAUGAAAAGGAAAAUUGAAGGUCAAAACCAGUUGACGUUGUGGUUUACUUAAUGUGAUGCUUUCAAUUGACAGCAACCGGAAUAGCGCCGAAUGCUCCCUCACGGUCGAUGACGUAGAUCAGAAGGCAGGUCCCAGUGCAACUCUCGUGAUAAAUUUGAUGCCAUAGCGACGAUGCUAUGAAAAUCUUGACAAAUA